UCCUCCCGCUGCAUGUCAAAGUAUCCUUGAGCAAGAUACUGAACCCCAAAUUGCUCCCUGCUGUGAAUGCUUUGUGAAUGCUUUGUGAAUGUGGCACGUAGUGUAAAAGCACUUUGAGUGGUCGGGAGACUAGAAAGGUCCAUUUACCAUUACCAUUUACCAUUUUGACUCAUCCAUAGCAGGAAACCAGGGAUGCUUGCCUGGUCACACACAAUCUCGUAUUUCAGAUAAACAGUACACUGAAAUAUGUUUCUGAAAGGAUUUUAGUUGAGAAAUAGUCAGUGCAAUAACAGAAUCAGUAGUUUCCAACCCUUAUGUCAUUUAGUAAUCUGCCAACUCCUAGGUGAUAUAUUUUAUGGAUAUUGCAUAUAUAUUCAAAACUGUAUUAUUAACCCAAAUAGGGAACUCUGUAACAACAAAAAGUUUAAGACGAGUCAUUUGUGUACAUUUUGAGCAGAUUACUCUGUUUCUCUGUUUUUUUCAUAAUUUUUAACAAUCACACAUAGUUAAUAGGCUUAUUUUUUUGUUUUUUUUGUUUCUUGAUUUGAACACCUUCUUAUCUCAGGCCCCUCUCUGCCUUCAGGCCUGUCAAGGUAGAGACCCUGCUGCUGUAGCCAGGAAUCAUCUAGAGUCUUAAGGUCUCAAAGAUACAGUCUGUGUGUCUUUGCGGUGUCCUCCGUGUCGUGGGUGAUGGUCAGCUGGUGACUGGGGUUUCCCGGCCCCUGUGGUCAAUGGCUGUGAGCAGAGGGGGUGUUGCCUUUUGGGUGGGUUGUGUCCGAAGCCAUGGCAGAAGGCAACCCAUCAAAAACCAGAGCUGGAGUCUCAGUCAGGCGGUUGACUGGCGGUGGAUCCGUCAGACACGCCCCCUGAGCAGUGCAUCAUGGGCCCUGGCACCCCCCAACAGCCUGAGAUAUCAGAAUGUUAAGCAACCAGUGCUGUCCCACCCGUUCCACCAUGCCAGCCAGCCUCACAGAGGAGGUUACCAACAGGAGGACUGGGAGGAGUCUCUCAGUGUGUGUGUGCUGGUGCGACAGGACGAAUCAGAUGGCCUCCACACCCUGCUGGAGAUUCCUCUGUCCAGCCACAGUAAACUAGGAGAGCUCCUCACUCUGGGUCCUCACAAGUCCUCUGAGUUCUCCUUCCCGUUGACCACUGUGGACGGCAGCAGAGAGGAUGACAUCAGCGUUGACAGCUGCAAGAAGAACACUGGUGAUGCUGGGAAGAGGGAACAUGGCUGUUUCAGAAGCCUGUUUGAAGCAGAGAGGUGCCCCGCACCGUUCAUGUACGGCUCUCACUUUUAUUGUUUUCAUUGCCCGGGCACAGAGCCGGUACCUGGCAGUGGGCUGAAAUCUAGGCAGGAUAUUGGACUUAACAGCAAGCCUGUGGAGCUGCCUGUGCUGCAUCCAAUCUCUCUGUGUAGCUAUGCAGAGAGAGCAGGGAGGGGGCACACUGAAGGAGACAAUGAAGGGGAGGAGAAAGUGGCCAUGAUGUAUGAAAGACUGAGGAUAGAGCUUCCAAAUUUCUUCAUGAAGAGCCAUGAUUACAGCAUGUACUCACAUGAUAUGGAGUUCAUCAACGGCCUCAUUAAUACCAAGACGAGGGGCCGCGUGCUGUACCAGCUCACCCUCUCCCUGUGGCGCCUCCUGUGUCUGUGUUACUACGCCAAGGUUCGGCUGGAGGUGCUGAAGCUCACCAAACACAUGGAGGAUGGGACCAUUAAGGCUCGUUGGAGGAUCAGGGGCCUUCCCUUCUUCUCUCUGCUGCUGCGCUUCUACCGCAAAGACAAAUCUCAUCUGUACAGGGCAUAUGAUGCAUUCUCUACUUUUUACAUUGGACCGGACGGACUCAUUCACUGUCAUAAAGUUGAAAAGAUGAUGCCGGCUCAGCCCCCUGUCCUGCCCAGAGUAACUUCUCUCCUGGCGGGGGCUCUGGUGGCACUUGGGGUGCAGGAGCAUCGACCUACUCUCAACCUGCUACCCCUCCUCCUAUCCUCGCUACGACAGAGCAGAAACUGACUCCAGGCAACGAUUAGAGGAACAGCGGCCAUUGGAAUCGACAGUGUAUCCAAAGUCUGCGUUCAUUCAUUCUCAGCAUAGGAACACAUUAAAAUGGUUAGGCUCUAUCCUAAAAUCUCAUGUUCUCCCUGCAUUCAAUGCAAAGUCAAGACUUUACACUGCUUUUCUUUUUUCUAAUUUUAGUUUAGUUAUUAUUUGAAAUAAUGAAAGUGUUUAAUCUGAACACAGAACUGGGUUUUUGGGUCCAGGUUGUCAUCCCAUGCCAGUCAGCUGCCAGCUGUUGUUAUAACACACAACCCUUUUUUAUUGUUUCUUUUAAAACACAAUGUAUUAUACUACAUAACAUACAUACUACUUAAAGACCAGUCCUUUAAAACUCCCCAAAAAAUCUUAAUGUCAGACACGAUUAGAAAUUUGAGAAUGUAAAACUCAGCUUUUCCAUUAAUAACCUGUCUACAUACAACAUUGCAGAUGUUAGAUGCCUAGCAUCAGAACUUACUUCAUGAUGAAAGAAAUCUAUAAGAUGUACUGUAGGUGUUUUACAGACAUGACACGAGGAAUGUGUGCAACAAUACAAACGAUAACGUUGUGUUCUCAUGUUCUUGUGUAACACAAAGUCGAAAAUGUGUACUGCAAUGCUAACGUCUGCUACAGCUUCACACAUUUCAGUGGUGUUGCUUCAUGGAGCCUACUGCCUAACAAGCAACUACCAAUUAUGUUGGUUAAAAGAUAAAAGAGAUGUAUAUAGUCAUAUCUUGUGUUAGCAAAAUGCUAGUUAACUAUCAAGCUAAUCUGCAUCAGUCAUUAAUGAGUGAAUUACAUCUGAUAGCUAACAAAAGUGAAACGCUAGCUAACUAGCUACCUAAUCUACAUCAAUUGUUAGUUAGCUAGUGUUUUGCUAACAUUAGUUAACUUAAGAUGUGAUUGUCGCUUGUGAAAAGGACAAAGUUAAUUAUUAUUAAACUAUUAUACCCCACCUCAGUAUCACAAUGGCUUCAUGUUGAACACCAGCCGGGGGAGGGGGAGGGGGAGAAUACCUAGCAGACUUCUACCAUUAAACAAUGAAGUAUCUUGUGCUGUAGCUGCCAGUAGUUCCUUAUUGGAUGCUGAUUGGUCUGAACCACUGUGGUUGGACACAAACACAUAGCUUGAAACCUGGCAAGAUGGACUCUGAUCUUGAGACUCGUGCUGCCUCGUAAGGCAGGGUUUGUCCAUGUCUAAAGACAAAAGUUUUUCUUUCUGUUGUGAAUGGCCACAGCCUCCUCCUGGCUGCAUCCCACUGCCUCCUUGAUCCCUCUUCAAGAAUUCUGUAUUGUGUGUUUUUGUAGUCUAGAUGCAGUGAAUUGUACAAAUGAGAAAACAGUGUGCACGUUUCAGAUGAUUUUCCUCAGAAGGUAUACGUGAUGUCAGUUGAUUGCAUGAAAAGUGACAGAAAUGUGACAAGAGAGAAAUAAGAGAACUUAAGAGAGACAUUCAAACCCUGCUCAGUGUCUCCUCUCAAAACCAACCCCCAGUGCUGGGCCACACUUGGUGAUGCCCACAGCUCAGUCAUGACAAAAUCAUAUAAUUUUUUAUGAGCAACACAAACAUUCUAAAAUGAAUCUUUUUAUCAGAAUGCAAUCCAUUUGGGCAAAACGGUUGUGAAAUUCUUGAAAAGCCAUAUCACUAAAUUAUUUGAUCCCAUUCAUGUGUAAAAGGCGAGUCAACAAGAAGUCUAAAACACGCUCUGUAAAGAUACCUGCGUUUGAACAGGCUUUAGUUGCAUUCAGGUUUACGGCUUGUGUGGAGAGCAAAAGAAGUGGAACACAGUGGCCGAAAUGCAAUCUCGGAAGCCAUCGGCUAUCAUCUAACAACAAUUUAGCUUUUUAUUAACUUUUUUUAAAAUGUAUUUAUGAGUUUUUCCAGCAUUUGUAUACAGAUAACUGUGGAAGCCCAGUUCUGCCAAAUGUGAUGGGACAAAAGGAUUCUGUAAGUCAUUAUAAUGAGAAACUCAAAAUAUUGACAUAGCAUCUUUGGAUAUUAAGAAAGUUCUCAGUAUUUUGAGAUACUAAGACAUUAUUUUGAGUAAGUUUCUCGGUUUUUCAUCACAUUGGAUAUCGGCUAUCUGGAUGUCCAUUGGCUACACUGGAAGCCCUGAAACAUUGGCUGUUGGGUUCCGAGAUUGCUAACACACAAGCUCCCAACUGGCUCAGGUUGAGAAGUACUCCAUUGAGCAUGCUCUAUGCACACUGAGCAACUUUCAUAGGAUUGAAUGGGGCACUAUCUGGGAACCGGAUAUGAAGUACUUCCUAAUACAUCCAUUGUUGGUCUGUCUGUUUAGGAAAGUUACAAAAGUUGUCUCCAAAGCCUUCCUUUUCUACCCAACCUUCAGAUAACCCAGCAAGCACUUUGUUUCGAGCAUGCUGAGGCUCUUACAGAUGUCUCUACAUACUUUCUUCUUUACUGUGGGCACAUUUCCACAAAGUUGAUUUGUGUGUCUGGUCUGUUAAUUGAAGAUUUUUCGCAAAUAUCAAAAAGGUUUAAAAUUCCUGAGGUUUGGUAGAAUUUCUGUGCUGAACAUCAGCACUGCAGGCAAUUUUUUGGAGGGGCAAAUUAGGGCUAAAUCAUCUUGAAUAUCUUCUAAUCUGAGCCUGUUUUAAGGCAGUGGACUUUUGAGUGGAAGCCAGGUGACUGUGUAUCAGUGUGGGCUUUGACCUGUGUGUGAGUGUGUUUCAUUUGGAGAGGUGAAAGCAACGGAAUCGCUUGCUUUUAAAAAGCCAUGUUGUAACUUUUCGAGCUAUUUCUCAAAUCAUAAUUUUUACGAUAUGAUAAAGCACAGAGGCCGUGGCCGAGGCCUUCCCUGCAGACUGCAAGUAACCGUCAACAAAACACUGGACAUCCAUUCUUUUCCAAUCGGGCUCAACAACCAGACCAACAAGCUUGUCUGUUGAGAAAACCUUGCUCAUCUGUGGUCAUAUUAAUGUUCUGAUUGUAUUCCCACCAGUGUAAUUAAAUGAAUAGUAGUUGAGCUGGGAAGUGUUAUCAGGAUGUUUUGCUCAAAAAGCAUUAGGAAUAGAUGUAACAAAGUGCCUAGAGAGGAGCUGCAUCUGCUUUUGGGUUAUUAGUCAGUUACCUUGAGAUAAAGUUAGAGAAUGAACAGUUAAUACCACACUGAGACAUGAAAGUGACCCAAGCUCUUUAAAGUUGCAGUCGGUAACGUUUAUGAAAAUAAACUUUUUGUCAAAUUUGCUGAAACUUUAACUAUAUCCUGACAGAAGUAUACAAGACAGAUGGCUCAUCCUAGUGCUCCUAAUGGCAUUUGCAAGAAUCCACCAGGAGCACUAGGAUGAGCCAGAGGAACCUGAUCUUUUCACAGAUUAUCUGUCUCAUGUUCUACUGUCAGAACACAGUUAAAACAGCAAUAAUGACAGUUAUUUUUAUGAAAAUUACCUACUGCAGUUUUAACAGUUUAUUGCUCAGCCAGCACAAGUGAUUCGAUUGCCAAUUAAUGCCUCUUCUCUUGAUGUUAGUUUUAGUCAAAUUGAGCUGAAGUAGCAGGAAGUCCCAGUUCAGUAACAUUUGCGCUAAAGAAACAAAAUAACCUCAGAGCUUCAAGGAUUAAGCUGAUGUUAGCUAAUAAAUCCCAUUUUUGCCAGACUUAUUCUUUAACCACCCACUGUUCUACCCACACAAUGCUACAUGUUGUUAUCGGUAUCAGUACCAAUUGGGCAGCAACACUAGCACUACAUAGAACUUUCACACACUGCUAGCUCAUCCAAUGAAAAGGUACUUGAUUAUUAACAUGUAAUACGCAUGGAUAGGUUAGACUCUAGUCUUUGAAGCCUUUGUGGUCAUUUCCAAAAAGAAAAACUUGUUGUAAAAACAAUGUACAAAUCACAGCAGACUAUACAGAUAAAACAUUUGACAUACAGACGUGUGUCCUCAAGAAUGUUGCAAUCCAAAAUACUUUUGGUCACACUGAAAAUCUGGAUCAGCAUGUUAGCAGGAUCUUGAUGACAUCCAUUCCCGACCUUGUCCUGACAAAAAAAAGAUAUUUUUCUUGUUUGACAAUUUUGUCAUAUUCACUGAAACUUUCACUAUAUCCUGACAGUAGUACAUGACAGAUAAUCUGUGAAACAAUCAGGUUCCACUGGCUCCUCCUAGUGCAGAAUGUAAGAAUCCACAUUCCCAGGUCGUCGACCUGAAAUGAGACUCAGCAAUCACCCAUCUUUUUCAUGUCUGAUUGGUUUUUUUCUUUCAGGUCCUGUGGAUUCUGGCAAAUUAGGAGCACUAGGAGGAGCCAGAGGAACCAGAUUUUUUCAUAAUAAUGACGAAAAUGUAUUUUUGUAAAAGUUACCUAUUGCAGCUUUAAUGACGACAGCAACAAAGAAACAUCCAAGCCUUGCAGGUUUUUUUCAACAUAGACACUAGACUAGAAUCAGCCCUCCUCCAGUGUGAGCCAAUCAGAGCAGUAACUGCACGAACCAUAGAGAUCAGCUUUGUGAAAUAAAAAAGGUUAAUGCAUUGUUGUGUUACCAACAAAACUUAACAGAGAUUUCACACAUGGUUAUAGACUAUACAGUGUGUCAAUUGUCUCCAACUGUUCCCUAGAAAAGACCUGACCUGUACUGAAUGUGACUCAUUAAUGCUAAAUGCAAAGCACUCUCUGGAUUGCAGCUAUUGAACUUUAAAUUUGGCUGUGGAGUUGUACCUAAAUGGGUAUGUACACACUCGGGCUGGGUGUAAACUUUCAUGCGGCUCAAUAAUAUUUAGUGCUUGGUAAAGCGAGCAAAAAAAGCAUGCUGUAGCAGUAGCUGUACAUCAAGGACUGAAUAUGUCUGCUGUGUAUUUCUCACUCCUGUCUGUAUAGAAACACGACUCGUCGGGCUCCGUGUUGCUUCGUUUCCACAUGUACUGCUGCAAUAACCUGUGUGAAUCCUGGCUGUGUGAACAAAUAAACUUAUGGUUUAACAA